UGCCUGCCUCCAACUUGGCUCUUGCCACCCUAUGAUUAAGGCUGCUGUUGAAACUUUUGGCUUGAGAUAACGUGGGAGAAUUUGACUUGAGAUGUCUUGGUCCUUUUUUAAUGUUGUGAAGCUACCUGGAGUCAUUUUUGAAGCUGGGCUGCCUGAAAAUUUGAUAAAUAGACGCAAAGCAAGUCAUAGUGGCUUAGUGCCACAAUGAACUGUGAUUUAGGGCAGUCAGUGAGAAAGUUUUGAUGGUCCGCAUAAAAAGUAUUUGCCUUUUUUAUAUUGCACCAAAUAUUAUUUAUCUUUUUAAAAAAAUCAUAUUAGUGGUCCGCGGGAUUUAAAAUGAUAAAUUUAGUGGUCCCUGAGGUUCAAAAGGUUGGUGUGUAGGGACCAUAAUGAACUGAAUCUGCACAGUGGGAUUUGGAAUUGUUUGGGUUGGGGAGCUAUGAGAAAUGGUUAAAACAAGAAAUAAAUGUCCCAACCAUAUAAACCAGCCACAGAGAAGGCAAUCCACUCAGGCUCAGAGGGAAAAUAAUUUUUCUAGAUAUAAAAGGUGCCUUCUCAACCAAGGAUGAAGCUUGUGAAUCCCCAUCUGUUGAGAGCUUUUGAAAUGGCAAAUUGUUGCCACCUGGGACAACUUUUGGAAAAUAAGUUUAAUAAAUGAACACACACACACACACUUUUCCCAUGUCAGAAUGAAUAGAAAGAGAAUAUAGGGGGCUGUGGUAAAUCUGAGGCGUUAGACUGGAUGGCUAGGACCUCUGUGGCAUCUGCUGGAGCACCAAAGUCAUAAUUUCUCUCUUGCGAUGAAUUUUACUUCUGGGGUUUUAUUUUGCUUAUCAUUCCAAAAUAUCAGAGAGUAAACUCUUAGCACAAAGCUUUAAAAGUUUGUUUUAAGAUUAACUACAGUAAUUUAGAAAAGUGUAGCAUAAACCUCAGACCACAAAGCUUGCACUAUAAUCAGCAUGGUAGAAUUGCCAGUCUUUAUUGUUUUCUCAAAGCAAUACCCAUUAUUCCCAAAUCGAUUUCCAAAUCAAUUUCACUUCAAUUGUUAAUCUCUCCCUUGUUCUCUAGAAGGCACGCUCAAAACUAUGUACUUGAGCAUUAUUAGCUCAAUCUUAUGCCUCAAUGGAAGCAACUGUCAUAGAGUUCAACGGAACUGGGGAAUUCCCUGUUCCCGCUUUAGGCUCCGAUGAACCGAGUUUACUUCUUUGUGCAUUCCAUGGGAACAAAUACUUGAUGAAGGGUAGCAGUUUUAAACUCGAAUUUUGUGGAAUCUUAAUGGCAGUCAUAUUUACUCUUCCUGUUCUGAGCACAAACCCGUCAGAGCAACAGAAAGCAAAGGAUCUAGUUGCAUCUAUCAUGCACUAUAGCCCUCCGCUAAGUUUACGUAUCAUAUUUGAAAGAAGGAAGGAAGGAAGGACGGAAGGAAGGAAUCUCAAACUCUACGAUUAAUCACAAAGGCAUAUGUACAAAUAUCAGUUACACGGGGAGCGGGGGGGGGGAUCUCUUCCUGGCAACGUCCUUGCGCUUAAGAAAUUGAAGGACUUGUUGAACACCAGCCCCGAGCUCUUUCCCAGUUCAGACGCGGUAAGAAUUGGGGACGAAGCCGCCAGGAUCGGGCAGCUGAACUGAGGAGUUCCGCCCUGUUUCAUCGCUAGAGUCAAAGUCGGGCGGAAACGGCCGAGAUUUAUGGAUAAGCUCCCGUGACUGCAGUCCAGACCGCGAAGGAGCCGAUUAAAACGCAGACGGCCCACAAGAGCCAAGUAGAGUGCAGGGAUGGGAGUGGGGACUGGAAAAGAGGGAGAGGUCCUGCGCCCUCCCAUUCUAUGGCCGAAGCAAGGCGAAGGUCCCCCGGGCGAAGAAUCCAGUGCGCCAAAGGGCUUCUCUGCCGGGCAGCUUCCGCUGCCCUGCAGGCCCGUGACUGGCGGCUGCCUGAGAACGGCCGCAACCUAAGCCAGAGUUCCGUGGGAAUGCUCGCCUCGUGCCCAGCAGCCGGGCUCAACCGUCUCCUCGCAGGAAGUCCAGGCUGAUCGGGACGAGCGCAAUUGGCACGGCUGCGCCGGAGCGGGUAGCUGGUUGCCGUCGCCCGAGGAAGCUCCGCUGGUGAAGGUCUAAGAAGAAUUUUGUGUGAAAAUGGCAUCGACAAAUGUUACACAUAGUCCUUUUGUGGAACUAGAUGAAGAAUACAGGCAAAAAACUCCUUUUGAAAGGUUGAACACUGAAAUCUACCUUUACCGAGAUAUUGAAUGCACAGAGAAAGAAAUUAUUAGAAAAACGAAGCAGACUGUGAAGGCAUAUCAAAGGAGUACCAUUUCCUCAAGAGCCCGGUGUCGAAAAGCUUUGAGAAAACUAGAAGAAGUCACCGAACAAGAAACAACAGAAACAAUGGGAAAGGAUCUUCCUGCUCUGAAUUGGGCUCUUGCUUUUGCAAAGUGUUGUCAAAGUGACAAACAGUCUAUAGCAGAUUACAUCAGUGAAGAGAAGGAGCUAUUUCUAUUGGAGUACUCUGUUAAAAUAAAACAGCGGACCAUGACAAAGCUGGAGAAGAUGGCAGCAAAGGAGGAGAGGAGGGCCAGAAUUGCUGAAAUAAAAUUAGAAGACGAUACCCUUGCAUUUGAGGAGUUUCUCAGACGAAAUGAUAGGAGCUCUGUAGAAGCCCUUAAAUUGGCAACUCAAGAAGCAAAAUACAAAAUGGAAAUAACAACAGAACUGAGGAUAGCAAUGAAUGAAAUGUUCUCCCUUAAAAGUGAAAUUGCAAACACUGAAGACCUUUUGAAGCAUUUUUUGUCCUAUGAAGCCUUUUUGUUUAGUAUUUCUCCCAAAGCAUGGCAAGAGCAGCAGAUGGCAAAGAGGAAGAAAGACCGGAAAAGAAGCCCAUCAAAACCCCUUAUUUCUUUCCCACAAGCUGCUGAUAAAGCCAAACUACUUUCAGCCUCCAUUUUAAUACCAACAAGUAAAACAAGCAAAGUGACACAUCAUAAAGGGCCGCAGCCUGCCAAGAAAGUGAUAGUCGAUAAAUCAGUCUCAGGCGCCUUAGGCCAUCCUGAGGAAAAGGGACAACUUCCAAAUAGCCAAGGAGACUACAGAUUCUUUAGAAGGUCAUCACAAGGAGUAAUAGAUCCAAAAGUAUUCGUAGAUGAUUCAUAUGUAUCAUCAGAAAGUGGUCUAAGUGAAAGCGUCUCUUUAUCUUCAGAAGACACUAUUAACUUGGAUGAUAUCCAGAAUUGUGACAAAGAACCAGAGAUAUACUUUAAAGACACAGAAGAGUUACUUCAGAUGUUCAGAUAUCUUGAAGAGCAAAAUCUUUCAUUAUUCCAAAACAUUCAAGAUAUUAGUGGCACAUUAGAGGAAACCCAGCAAAGAGAGAAAAUAGUUAAGCAGCAUAUGGAACAAAAGGUAAAGCGCCUUAGAGACAAAAAAGAGGCUCUAAUAGCUGCUUGCCUCAAAGAAGAUGGGAAAAGUGCUGAACUGGCAUUAAAAGCUAAAAUGUUUUCUUCAGGAGAAUAUAAUCCAGCAUCCAUGAAUAACAUACUGGAUGCACUUACUAAAAAAGUAGCAGAAGUAUACAGAGUUUGCUGUGAGACACAGGAAGUAUCCAGCAUGACCUCAUUUCAAAUGCUAAAAAAAAUAGAAAUGCGAGUUUCAGAACUCUGUGAAAUGUUCGAAAUACUUCCAAAAGAGUAUCUUGAGAUCAUUGAAGUCACUGAAAAGCUCAGAGCAAAAGAAAGACGACAAAGGAUACGUGAAGACAAACUGAAAGAACUCAGAAGAAUUCAGGAAGAACGGCUGAAGCUUGCUCUUGAGAGAGCAAUUGCAGAACCAAAGAAAAGGAUGGGAAGAAAACUAGUGUUCCGCUCACAGCCUCCAGUGACUAAGCACGAAGCAGAACAAACUACAGAUGCAACUACAAGAAGUGAAGAUGAUUACUACUUUACUUGAGGUUUUUUUUUUGUAAAGUGUAUUUUUGUACUAGUUAUAGUUUUGCUCCUAGUUUACUCCAACUGAGUCAUAUAAAGUAAAUGGUGAUCCCAUUUGCUUUAAAAUAUUUGUAUUAAGGUUAAAUAAUCCCAGUUUUUAUAUUUGUGGUUCAUCUUUCAUAUUGACUGUUUCUUUCAGCCAUAUGUAUUUUUCUGCCUCCCAAAAUGUAAUGUUACAAAACAUGAAUUUUUUUCAAAAGCUACAACUGAAUAUACAUAUUUUACGCAUUAAAA